CGUGCGAGAGGGGACGUCUUUGGUCAACUUGCUCCGAUUCUCAGCUUUACGGCGACCGAAGGGGCGAUUUACCCGGGGCAAAAGAUGCCUCUUCCUCCAGCACUGCUGGCUCGCUUGGCCAAGAGAGGGAUUGUCAAACCGUCGGAUCAAGAUGUAGACGAGGAGAUUAUUGCCGAGGACUAUGACGACAACAAUGUGGACUACGAGGCCACCAGACAAGAGAAUUUACCAACAAACUGGUACAAAGUAUUUGACCCCAUUUGCGGUCUCCCUUAUUACUGGAAUGUGGAGACGGAUUUGGUGGCCUGGCUGUCUCCAAAUGACCCGACCGCUGUGAUAACAAAAGCUGCCAAGAAAAUGAGAAUCGAGGGAGGAGAUGACAGAGGUGAGAGGGUGUUUGAAAAGCCUGACAGAGAACGAGACCGGGAGAGAGAAAGGGAACGGGAACGAGAGCGGGAACGGGACAGAGAGCGGGACAGGGACGAUGGAAGAGACAGAGACAGGAGAAAGCAGAGGAGAGAUGACAUCGCCCCCUAUAAGAACAAACGAGGGAGAAAAGACGAUGAGAUGGACCCCAUGGAUCCAAGCGCUUACUCUGAUGCUCCAAGGGGCUCAUGGUCCACUGGCUUACCCAAGCGUAAUGAAGCAAAAACGGGUGCAGACACAACAGCAGCAGGGCCUCUGUUCCAGCAGCGGCCGUACCCCAGCCCAGGGGCCGUCCUCCGGGCUAAUGCAGCAAACCAACCACCCAAGGAGUGACUCACACUCCCAGGAACACAUGGAUAACAACAACAAAAAAACCAAAAAACCCUCUCUCCCGUUUGCUAAAGUCUCUUUUGGUUUGCUGUUGCAGAUUACAAGCCCUAAAAAUAAACACACUGUAAAAUGUGUGUACGUUUGCAUCACGUUUGCAUCAAGGAAAAAGAAUGCUUUGGGUUUUUUUUUGUACCACCAAUGUUUAGGAUGGCUGUAAAUAUGUUUUUAUAUAUGACCUUGAGAUCGACUCAUCGUUACUGUGACCAGUUUGUCAAUAAAUUUGAGGAUUUG